CGAUAUUUACAGCAUGCGAGUGAAGGUGCGUGAGAGAUAAAUAACAGUGGGAAAUGACGGCGAGAACAUCCAGUAUAACACAGUGACACUCAUCAAACGUCGUUUCACCGCCGUUUCACUAUUUCUCUCUCUUCAUUACACAUUCUUCUGUGUUUACCUUACACUUCACGCCAAACGCCUGCUCUCUCUCUCUCUCUCUCUCUAUCUCUCACACACACACCAUUUCUCUCUCCCCCACAUUGUAACAAACACCAACCUUUGCACAUUGUAACAAACACCAACCUUUGCAACAGCUACAUUUUAGUUUUCUCAUACUUACUCUUUGUGGUUUUUGUCUUUCUUUGUAACAAUGGAAGACGAAGGCUUAAUGCCUUUGUUCUAUGCUAGGCAGAAAAAAUGGUGGUUCCAUGCGACAACAAUGUUUCUCAUGCUGUUGCUUCUUUCUCCAUUUGCAUUUUCACUUCAGGAAGAAGGACAAGCAUUAAUGGCAAUGAAGUCUUCCUUCAACAACAUAGCUGACGUUCUCCUUGACUGGGAUGAUGUACACAAUGAUGACUUUUGCUCAUGGCGUGGAGUUUUCUGUGAUAACGCCAGUCAUGCUCUUACUGUUGUAUCUCUGAAUUUGUCAAGCUUGAACCUUGGUGGUGAGAUAUCACCAGCAAUUGGUGAUUUAAGAAACUUGCAAUCCAUAGAUUUGCAAGGGAAUAAACUAACUGGUCAAAUCCCAGAUGAAAUUGGGAACUGUGGUGCACUUUUUCACCUGGAUUUAUCUGAUAAUCAACUUUAUGGUGAUAUACCUUUCUCCAUAUCAAAGCUGAAGCAACUUGAGUUUUUGAACUUAAAGAACAAUCAGUUGACUGGUCCUAUUCCUUCCACGUUAUCCCAAAUUCCAAACCUUAAGACUCUUGAUCUUGCUCGAAAUAAGCUCAUAGGAGAGAUACCAAGGCUACUCUAUUGGAAUGAAGUAUUGCAAUACCUUGGAUUGCGAGGGAAUAUGUUGACUGGAAUUUUGUCUCCGGAUAUUUGCCAAUUAUCUGGUUUGUGGUACUUUGAUGUCAGAGGCAAUAAUUUGACUGGUCCUAUUCCAGAAAGCAUUGGCAACUGUACAAGUUUUGAAAUCUUUGACAUAUCAUACAAUCAGAUUACUGGGGAGAUUCCUUAUAACAUUGGAUUUCUUCAAGUUGCUACUUUGUCACUUCAAGGAAAUAGAUUAACUGGGAAGAUACCAGAAGUGAUUGGUUUGAUGCAAGCUCUUGCAAUUUUGGAUUUGAGUGAGAAUCAGUUAGUGGGACCAAUUCCUCCUAUACUAGGAAAUCUGUCUUUCACUGGCAAGCUGUACCUUCACGGAAACAUACUUACUGGUUCAAUACCUCCCGAGCUUGGCAAUAUGUCUAAACUGAGCUACUUGCAAUUGAAUGGUAAUCAACUGGUGGGUGAAAUUCCGAAGGAGUUUGGGAAGCUUGAAAAUCUGUUUGAAUUAAAUCUUGCCAAUAAUCACCUUGAGGGAUCUAUUCCACAUAACAUCAGCUCCUGCACAGCCUUAAAUCAGUUUAAUGUGCAUGGUAAUCAGUUAAGCGGUUCUAUUCCAACGACCUUUCGCAAUCUUGAGAGUCUGACUUACUUGAACCUUUCUGCAAAUAACUUCAAAGGGAAUAUACCAGUCGAGUUGGGUCAUAUCAUUAAUCUUGAUACAUUGGACCUAUCAAGCAAUAAUUUUUCUGGACAUGUCCCAGCAUCUGUUGGUUAUCUAGAGCAUCUUUUGACCCUGAACUUGAGUCAUAACCAUCUUGAAGGUCCGUUGUCCGCUGAAUUGGGGAAUCUCAGAAGCAUACAGACUAUGGAUAUGUCUUUCAACAACCUGUCAGGCAGCAUUCCUCCAGAAAUUGGACAGCUGCAAAACCUUGCAUCUCUGACUUUGAACAACAAUGAUCUGCAUGGGAAGAUUCCAGAACAGCUCACCAAUUGUUUCAGUCUUUCCACUUUGAACUUUUCUUAUAACAACUUUUCUGGAGUAGUUCCGUCUUCAAAGAACUUCACGCGGUUCGCAGCUGACAGCUUCAUUGGAAAUCCUUUAUUAUGUGGAAAUUGGGUAGGAUCAAUUUGUCGUCCUUAUAUUCCUAAAUCAAAAGAGAUAUUUUCUAGAGUUGCAGUUAUAUGUCUCACUCUUGGUAUCAUCAUAUUAUUGGCUAUGAUAAUUGUCGCAAUCUAUAGAUCCAUCCAAUCAAAGCAGUUGAUGAAAGGAUCUGGCAAGAUGGGACAAGUGCCUCCUAAACUUGUCAUUCUUCACAUGGAUUUGGCAAUACACACUUUGGAUGAUAUAAUAAGAAGCACUGAGAAUCUUAGUGAGAAAUUUAUCAUAGGGUAUGGUGCCUCUAGUACUGUGUACAAGUGUGUGUUGAAAAAUUCCCGACCGAUUGCAGUCAAGCGAUUGUACAAUCAGCAUCCUCACAAUUUAAGAGAAUUUGAAACGGAGCUUGAAACAAUUGGCAGCAUUAGACAUAGAAAUCUUGUCACAUUGCAUGGCUAUGCACUUACUCCUUUUGGAAAUCUCCUUUUUUAUGAGUACAUGGCAAAUGGCUCGCUCUGGGAUCUUCUACAUGGUCCACUGAAGGUAAAACUUGAUUGGGAAACACGGAUGAGGAUUGCUGUUGGAGCUGCUGAAGGACUUGCUUAUCUUCACCAUGACUGCAACCCCCGAAUAGUUCAUAGGGACAUCAAGUCUUCAAAUAUUUUGCUUGAUGAGAACUUUGAGGCUCACCUCUCUGAUUUUGGCACUGCAAAAAGCAUCCCAGCCACAAAAACUCAUGCCUCAACUUAUGUUCUUGGAACUAUAGGCUACAUCGAUCCUGAAUAUGCACGGACGUCUAGGCUGAAUGAAAAAUCAGAUGUUUAUAGCUUUGGCAUUGUUUUGCUAGAGCUACUUACUGGGAAGAAGGCAGUGGACAACGAUUCCAACUUGCACCAAUUGAUAUUGUCCAAGGCGGAUAGUAACACUGUAAUGGAGGCUGUGGAUCCAGAGGUAUCCGUUACCUGUAUUGAUUUGGCUCAUGUCAAGAAGACCUUUCAACUUGCUCUGCUUUGCACAAGAAGGAACCCUUCUGAGAGGCCUAGCAUGCAUGAAGUAGCCAGGGUGCUUAUUUCUCUACUUCCUCCACCUCCAAGUAAAGUUGUUGCAGCUGCUGCCAAGAGUUUUGACUAUGCACCUUUUGUUGCCGAGAAGGGACAGCACCACAGAAAAUUGGAUGGACUACAACCUCAGCAGGAUAACAACUUGUCUAAUGCUCAAUGGUUUGUUCGUUUUGGGGAUGUCAUAUCCAAGAGCUCUCUUUGACUCAGCAUCUUCCCAUUGUGAUUCAUGACUCGAUUAAGACAAAAGUUAAUGAAGGGUUAAAGUAAAGACUACUCUUUUCAGUGUUUUGAUAUUUCCAUAAUUAUAUAUAACCUUAAAAAAUAGAAAGGAUGACCAUUUGGGUUUAUAAAACAAUAGAAAGAAAGCUUAAGGAAUUUUCUAAUGCAUAUUGCAGAAGCACUUGUUCCUAGAUAUUAGUUGGUUUGGGUAUAAAUAUCCAUUAUUUUACUUUUUGGAUCGACGCUUAUUUUGUGAACGGUGAUAUGGUUGUAUGGUGUAAUUAAAUAGCAACACCUUAUGUGUUUAUGUUGGAAACUUUUGGCAAGAUAUUAUUUUACUUUUUGGAUCGACGCUUAUUUUGUGACCGUUGAUAUGGUUGUAUGGUGUAAUUAAAUAGCAACACCUUUAUGUGUUUAUGUUGGAAAUUUUUGGCAAGAUAUGGCUUUAGUAUUUAUGGAGUUUA